AUGUCCGCCGCAUUCGCCGCUGGCACGUGUCAGCUGACGUGGCGCACGGUUUCUUCUGCUGCGUUUUCCGAGGCGCGCGAAAGUGCUUCGCGGCUCGCUAGACACGGUCAGGGAGCUCGGGUUCGGUGUAGCGGCUGGAAGGGAAACACGUGGCGACUCAGGAGUGGCCAAGAGGCCUCCGGGAGAUGGAAUGGCGACGGGAAAAGGACUCGCGUGGCGCGGUUACGAGCAGGCCUGGAUGACCAAUCAGGCCCCACCUCGCCAAUGCAAGGGCAGACGCGGAGGCAGCUGCUGGUGGAGUAUGUGAGGGGCGUGCAGCCGGACUUCAUGGAGAAAUUCUUCCAGCAUGCUGAGCCGCAGUUGGUGGAUGCAAUGAGACAGACUGUGAGCAACAUGCUGGGGUCGCUGCCGCCGCAGUAUUUCGAAGUCACCGUCACAACGGUGGGGGAGAAUCUUGCGCAGCUCAUGUUCAGCGUGAUGAUGACAGGUUACAUGUUCCGCAACGCACAGUACCGCCUCGAACUCUCCUCCUCCUUUGCUGGUGCCGUUGCCCUCCCCGCUGCCUCCUCCUCCUCCCCCUCCUCCUCUCCUACCUCCCUCCCGUCAUCCUUCCCUCCUCACAUCCCUUCCUCCUCCUCCUCCUCCUCCUCCUCCUCCUCCUCCUCUUCCUCCUCGUCGCCUCAACCACUACCAGCAUCGUCAGCCUUUAUGUCUUCAGACAGACAGAGUGGGACCAGCAGUAACAGCAGCACCAGCGGCAGUGACUCUGACUCUGGAUCGGUGUCCCCGUGGCCGCCCACUGACAGCGCCUUACCUCUGGGCCCGGUCCAGAAGACGCACGUGGCAGGCGAGGUGCUUCGGUGGGAUGCUGAGGCUGAGCGGGUGGUUCGGGUGCCGGCAAUGGACUAUGUGGAGCUUCUAGAGGGGGAGGUUCGGGCAUUAAAGAGAAGAUUGGAGGAGGAGGAGGCGAGACUGGCACGAGUGGGGGGCGGGGGAGGAGGCAGUGGGAAUGCGCUGCUGGAGUAUUUGAAGGGACUGGAGCCGCAGAAUAUACAGGAGCUGACAGCCAGUGCUGAUGACGAUGCGCUGGCAGCCAUGAAUGCGUUCAUCCAACGGCUGUUAGGCGUUCCUGAUGUUGGGGAGAUCAAGUCCGUGGCAUCAGAGACUACAGUGACCGAGCUGGCGAAGCUGCUCUAUUGGUUAAUGGUGUCUUUCCUUCCGUUUCUGUUUCUGUCACUGCUGCUGGCGUUCGGCAUGAUGGCGUGUGCACCAGCAGAGGCAGCACGGAUGUUGAAGGCGAAUCUGGUCAACCCGAACGGACCAACCUCCGCACACAAUGCGCUUCAAUCCUCAGCAUCUGACCAGUUCUUCCCUGUCCCAGCAGCUGAGCAUCCGCCUCCUGUCCAAACUGCCGUCGGAUCUGAGCCGUCAGAUGGCCCCGUUGCUGUGACAUCUGAGCCGUCCAUCGACCCCCUGGUUGUUGUGUCUGUUGUGAAUGGAGAUGAGGAGGAGGCAGGCAAUGAGCCGGAUGGAGUUGAUUCCAGCGCUGCUGCUGCCGCUCCACUUCCAACCUCCUGGUUGAGGCCAGCACAGUUGCCCAACCACCCUCAGAUGCCCAACGAUCCUCAGCCUAACGAUCAUGGUCCCUUCCUCCUGGAGACCGAUCCCAUGCCAGCUGUGGGAUCAGAGGAGGAGGCUCCAGCGGGGAAUGAGGAUGUGCUUGUGCCGGAGAUCUACGUCGCUCUGCCAGAAGAAGCAGUGCCUGCGGAGGCUCCAGCAGGGUCACAGGGUGUUGCACCCACGCCUGAUGCUGCUGACUCCAGUGGUUCUGGUCCUGUUCCAACCGCCUGGUUGAGGCAGGCAAAGGUUAAAGGUGACCAUCAGGUGGCAAAUGACGAUCAGGUGCCGAAUGACCAUGGUCCCUACCUUCUGGGGACUGAUGCUGCCAUUCCAGCUAUGGGUUCAGAGGAGGAGGCUCCAGCAGGCAAUGAGAAUGAACUGUUGCCAGCCGUUCUUGUCCCUCAGCUGGAGGAAGCAGCACCUGGGGAGGCUCCAGCAGGCAAUGGGGAUGUGCUUGUGCCAGAGAUUUACGUUGCUCUGCCAGAAGAAGCAGCACCUGGGGAGGCACCAGCAGCAGGAUCCCAGGGUGUUGCACCCAUGCCUGAUGGUGCUGAUUCCGGUGGUUCUGGUCCUGUUCCAAGUGCCUGGUUGAGGCAGGCAAAGGUUAAAGGUGACCAUCAGGUGCCGAAUGACGAUCAGGUGCCGAAUGACCAUGGUCCCUACUUUCUGGGGACUGAUGCUGCCAUUCCAGCUGUGGGCUCAGCAGGCAAUGAGGAUGUGCUUGUGCCAGAGAUUUACGUUGCUCUGCCAGAAGAAGCAGCACCUGGGGAGGCGCCAGCAGCAGGACCCCAGGGUGUUGCACCCAUGCCUGAUGGUGCUGAAUCCAGUGCCCUUGUUCCUAUUCCAAAUGACCGUGGUCCCUACCUUCUGGGAGUUGAUUCAACUGUCGGUUCGGAGCAGGAGGCUACAGUAGGAGAGGAGCAGGCACUGUUGAAACUGCCAGCUGUUAUUGUCCCUCUGCCGGAGAAAAAUGCACCAGGGGAGGGUGCAGCAGGCUCCCAGGUUGUUCCACCUGAGAAUUAG